CAGUGUGACAUCCAGAGGAAGUAAACAAACACUACAGCUGUUAGCAGUGUUAGCUCUGUGCACGCCACGUGAAUGAAUAAAGUGGAAGACGGCAUUGUAGCGGUGACACAGUCAAUUAUUUCAUUCGUAAUUAAGCAACAAUGUCUUCAGUUGAGUGUUUGAGAGAGUUUGUCAACGAGCGACUAACUGCUGCUGCUGAAGAAAUAUUUGGAGUUUUUAUAAAAACUAUCGUCGAGUACGAAGAAGAGAUCUAUCGUCAGCGCAAACUGCUGGAUAUCGUUUGGAAACCUGAAAUAAAGUUACACAGGAUAGAUCUCCAACAGCAACAUGUCUGUGAGGAGGAAGAGGAGGAGGUUCUCACUGACCAGCAGCUCUGUAACCAGGAGAGGAGCUCCAGUCUGGACCAAGAGGACCCAGAGCCUGUACAGAUUAAAGAGGAACAGGAGGAACUCUGCACCAGUCAGGAGGGAGAGGAGCUUGUGAUGAAGGUGGAGGCUGAUACCUUUGUGGUGACUCCUACUGAUGAGGAAAGGGACCACAGUGAAGCAGAACCUGAAAGUGACCACCAGCUGCUGUUGAACAACUUUAAUGCAGCUGAGAGCCAAGAUCAGAAAGGACACAAGAAUGAAGACUCUACUAGAGAUGCAGCGUCAGAACAAAACAAUCAACAGUAUGAAAACAGAAGUCACAGUGACCUCGUCAACAACCCUAACUCGUCAGGGGCUGACAGUAAUAUUCACAAACACUCUUUUAAAUGUGACACUUGUGGAAAGGAUUGUAAAUAUAAGUCAGUACUUGUGAACCACAUGAGAAUACACACAGGUGAGAAGCCGUAUAUUUGCAAAACCUGCGGGAAAAGAUUUCGUAGAAUUUAUUCAUUGAAAAUACAUCAAAGCGUUCACACAGGUGAGAAGCCAUAUAUUUGCACAACAUGUGGGAAAAGAUUUCGUAGAAUUGAUUCAUUGACAAUGCAUCAAAGAGUUCACACAGGUGAGAAACCGUGUAUUUGUACAACAUGUGGGAGAGCUUUCAGACACAGUCGUACCUUGAGUGUACACAUUAGAUGCGUCCACAAUAAUGAGAAGCCAUGUCUUUGCAAGAUCUGUGGGAAAAGAUUCAGUGUAGUAACAACAUUGAAAAAGCAUCAGAGAAUCCACACAGCUGAGAAGCCAUAUAUUUGUACAACAUGUGGGAAAGCUUUCGCACAGGGAUCUUAUUUGAACAAACAUAUUAGAUGCGUCCACAAUAAUGAGAAGCCAUGCCUUUGCAAGAUCUGUGGGAAAAGAUUCAGUGUAGUAACAACAUUGAAAAAGCAUCAGAGAAUCCACACAGGUGAGAAGCCGUAUAUUUGUACAACAUGUGGGAAAGCUUUCACACAGAGAUCUGAUUUGAACAAACACAUUAGAUUCGUCCACAAUAAAGAGAAGCCAUGUCUUUGCAACGUCUGUGGGAAAAGAUUCAGUAGAGCGUCAGCCUUGAAAAUGCAUCAGAGAAUCCACAAUGGUGAGAAGUCAUACGCCUGCAACGUGUGAGAAAAGGUUCGCUGUUCU